GAGAGCUCGUCUGAGGCUACUACUGAGUGGCCAGUCUGUCCAUCGCUGAUUUGUUAUGGUUAAGUCUGCUGUUUUUACAGCUGCUGUUGUUUAUGUUGCAGCUUUCCAUGAUCUUUGAUGAUCGUUCGUCAUGUCUGUGUGUGUGUACGGCCCGUAUAAUUUCGUACGCAGCUACUUUUUCCCUUGCGCUACCUCCAGGUGUCCAGGCAGCAGCGGCAGCAGCAGCAGCUAGGAAGGUCAGUCAGUGCGUUAUGCAGGUUGCAUUGCUGGCAGUGACAGGCAGUCCCGAGCGGUCGACUGUGGUGACGACUGACCGUGGUUUUCUCUGUGUUGUAUUGAAGCCCUAUAAUCGACUAACGCAGCAGUGCUAUAGUAGAAGUAAGAACAAGAAUAUCAGUUGUAAUUAAAUCUUGCUGUCCUCGUGUUAAAACGUAGGCUCAGCGAUCGCACAAUAGAUGCUAUAGCUCGCAGCUGUAAGUGUAAAUCUUUCUCGCCUAGCUGGCCUGGCGCCACAGCCGCCGCCGUAGUACGCAGUGGUGCGUCUGCGUCAAGCAAGUGAGUGUGUCCCUCUGUUUUGGGACGACAGGAUUAUAGUAGCCAGUCAAGCGGACCGAUACACAGUGUGCUUCUACAGCAGACCGCUGUCGGAAUAAAGUAGUUGCGACGGGGCAGCAGUGUGAGUGCAGGAGUAAAGUGAGGUGCGGUAAGUGACAGACAAGCAGGAUAUCGCUGGAGCGCCACAACACCCCCUUGCCCCCCGUCCCCCCUGAACCGUUGCUAGCGUCAACAGUACAAUCAGCGACGAGCAACGGAGCAGCUGAGCAAGUUAGAGCAGAAGCAUCAUUGCUGGUGUCCCAUCUUUCGGACGUGUGAUAGUUGGUCGCUGUGGCGGGUUUCUGUCUGUCUGUCUGUCUAUCGAUAUUUACUUGCUCUGGUACAGCAGCCAGCUGAAGGCAGCAUAAAAUGACAAUACUAAGUAAAUCUUGAAUUGUACCUCCGACAAUCUUGUCGAACGCACUCGCCUAUCUGCUCACUGCAAAGAACAACUCUGAGUCGAUCGAGCGCGCCGUCAUAAACCAUAGCAGCAUCCAUAGCGCCUACAGCCGCCACGGCAGUGGUGCUGGUCUUGACCCCGUGCAGCAGCGACGUGUACCACGGUGGCCGUCAUCAUCAACACAAACGCUACCCCUGCCAAUAGUCUCAUUUUGGUCCCGGCGCUCGCUGGCUCUAAGCGCGAGAGUCUCGGAUAAAAUGAUUCUAUUUACAGCGGCCGCCCAUUGCAUCUGGGCACGAACACCAGCAGCGUAGUGCUUGCGCAGAUACAGACGACUGACGGGAAACAGACAAUCCAACAAGCGGACAAAUACCCUACGACGACAACAGCAGCAGCAGCAGCAGCAUAAAUAUCAGGCACCAAAGCGACCCCAGCAGCAUCGCAGUGGGUCGUGCUGGUUGUUGCAGUUUUCUCACCCAUGGCCCAGCAUCAACGUCCACCAUUAGUACAAGCAGGUGCAGUUGUAGUCGAAGCGGGCGCUGCCCAAUCGUUAUUGGCGUUUUUGGUUGCUGUUGGACGCUGUACUGUUAGGGGUGAGUUGUGAAAGCAGUUCGACAUGGUCCAUCGAUGGUGACACUGUUCCGCUACCGCCGAUCGUCAUCGCUGUUGCCGUUGCUGUUAUUCUCGUGCUUGUUGCUUUCAUGGUUGAUUUUUCGUGGCUUUCGUGUUUCAUGUUCAUUGCUCACUGCCCGCCUGCAUGGCUGUUGGAUGUUGGUAAGAAUGAAUGCCGUUGUGUACCCCAUUUGUCUGUAAGCAAGUUUGUUAUCGGUCAAGUGAGCGACAACCAUUCGUAGUAGAGUUAACAAAGUAUGAUUAUCAUUAUCAGAACCGCCGGCAGCAGCAGCAGCAGUAGCAGCAGCAGCAACAGCGGCGGCAGUAGUAGUAGUAGUAACUGCAUGUGCAAAUAUUCCGUCUCCUGAUUCUCAGUUAACCGUGUCGAUAGUGGCUAGUCAGCAGCUUAGCUCAGAUGGUCAAAGCUCACUUCUUUGCUGGAUAGGCUGAGAAAAAUAGAUACCCAGAUUCUUUCUCUGCCAGGGGCGAUCUGCUACAGGAGCAUCUACAUUUCGUAUCAGGGGCACAGUUGUCGAAUAUUAACAGAGCCUGCCCACAUUUUCUAAUCUAUAUGAGUCAAGGGGAGCUGGCCAGCUGACACAAUACCACUGCUGCAGCAUCGGCAGCAUUAAUAACAACAUCAGUUCAAUGAAACAACAAGUAACAGCAAAUUUGCAUCUGCAUCCUGGAUUGGUCUGCUUUUAUCGUCGAUUUAAUUAACCAUCAUUGGAUCAGAUCGAAUCGAGUCGGGAAACAUCGUCUUUACUAGACUACAUCGUAAACCCAAUCAGACGAUACCUUCGCCAAGGUGUGAUCGACCAGAUUGGUAUAUAUGCCGCUGUAGCCCUCACUGGUGCUGCAUGGAAUUCUGUCGAUUGUUGUUAAUUGUCAAGUGCCAAUCGCUGCGUCGUAUCGAAGCGUCCCAUUGACCCUGGUGAGCGAUACCGGAACAAGAGAUAGCAGCAAAAGAAAAAGAAGGCUGACUGGAUGCAUCGUCUCUUUUCGAUCAUACAUCCAAUUCGUUCCUGUUCAAGAUCUGUAUUGGUGUGACUCGGCUGUAAUCUUCAAUUGCCCUGAGGAUUUACGUGACACCUAACCACUUUUGUUGUCGUUACUUGUACUUCCCUCGGCGAUCUGGCGGCAAGCUAGCUGGCUUUUCGCGGUACCUACGAGGUGUGACGAAGAACUGUGCAUUAUCGUCGAUUCAGUGCAUGUGUAGGUGUUAUCGGGGUUCGGAACAGGCAGCCUUUGUCCCUGUCGGUCCCUACCGUUUUCUCUAUGUUACUUCAAGCAGUGUUAGUUCGACUCGAACAGCUACUGUGGCGACAUUGACUGCGACCGCUAUUUCUUUAACUGUGAUAUACACGCAUUUUUCCAAGUGUUGUCUCAGUAGCAUUAAUUCAGCCACUAUCAACACGAGCCUAUGGUGGCUGUCGCUGUUACAGCAGCAGCCGCAGCGACAGCUAGAUGGACCGUAAAUUCGCAUAGACCGAAGAGGGGUGACCAGGCCGCAAGUGUCCUAACGUCACAUUGCCUGUGAAUAGGCAAACGGCAAACAGUCAACUAGAAAUCAACCACAACAACGGCCCACUUGUUCGUACUUACUGGCGGUCAACAGCGACAACAACAGCGAGUCUCGGUCGUAAAACGUCUACUGCUGCAUUGAACACGCUAAUUAGAAGUACUCUCGUUGUUGUUUUUGUUGUUGUUAUCAUCACUGUCUAAAGGCUGUCGACAUCUGACAACAAUUAGACAAUUGUUGGCAAGCCAUCAGUAGCCUGCUAUUGGAGGAGUACUCUGUUUUCUCACCUGUGCACAGCUGUCGGUAGCUUGUGGAUGUUUGCGACUGAGGCGUUGAAAAAGGAAAAAACGUGCGUUAACCACAGAAAAUCACAUAAAAUAAGGAUAACGUGAGAGUGAUACACGUUGCUGAACGAAGUCAUAGCAAAAGGAUAAAACUAAGUCUAUGUAGAAGUUGUAACAUUACAUUUUUGUUCCGUCGUUAAUUGUAAAGAACGAGAGCGAAGCCACGCGGCGUACGUGCACAUCAAAUCGCAUGCCUGAUCCGAUGCUAGGUUUCAUGGAAAAGUUAAUCGUUCAGUCAGACGGAGUCACCAGUAGCCAGGCCGUUUGAGAAACUUCACUAGCAACAUUCAAUGAAUACGUACGUGAAUACUUGCUUCCGUUUUCAGAAUUACCUGUGGAUUUAAAGGUAUCCUUAGGUCGUGGAUCGAUACUAGGAGAUUGGGAUUAAAAGUGCAACGAAUCAGGUAGAAAAAGAACGGUAGGAUAGUUGUCGAACGUAUUUGUGGUCCCAGUUUAUUAUCGCGUGUAGGACGGUCAGCUUGCUUCUUGGCUGCUAGGCGGGAGGCUCAGCCCGCCGACGCAGGCUGUACUUAAUCGUCGUGCUCUCCCCAUGAGCUCAAGCGACAAAUGGAAUUGCUCAAGAUGCACGUACGAAAAUUGGCCACGCGCUCUGAGGUGCACCCUUUGCGGGGCGGGAAGAGCACAUCCGCCGGCGCCCCUCAUCGAGGAGACCGAGCCAAGGGCGGUGACGCCCCCGCCAGCUUCGGCGAUAACACAACAACAUCACCAGAAGCAGUCGGUAACUUACAACGGUAGCAAUAACGCUACAGCAGUUCAUGGUUGUACAGGUUCGCCUUCAAGUAAUCAGAAUUCAUCUCCUGAUACUCCAAUUCCUUUGAGCUCGCUCGGUUCCCUGUCUCUUUCAUCUCCUGGCCCAUUGGGUAAAUGGCCCUGUCCAAAGUGUACGUACCUCAAUUGGCCAAAGAGCGCACGAUGCGUCCAAUGCCGAGGCUCGCGUCCUGGUGCUGCUUUAACGAAAAGUGGCCCGCCGGGAUCCCCUGCAACCUCAUCGCUACCUCGCAGUCCGUCGCCUCCAACGAGAGGGUCUCCUGAAGCUUCCACCAGCAACACGAUAACAGGUGCUACCGGUCUCAUGCAUCAACAACAACAGCAGCCACCUCAACAUAACACGUUGACAACAAUAACAAGUAACGCUACUGCGAUUACGACAACAGGAACAAUUUCAACCUCGACAUUGUCUUCCCCAACAAACGCAUCGAACGAUUUGAUUGGCGCUGGAGGUGAUCCAGGGGGAGGUUCAGGGGGGAGUGGCCAGAAAUGGACGUGUCUUAUGUGUACGUAUGCGAAUUGGCCUAAGAGUCAACGCUGCGUUAUGUGUUACACGUUUCGGAACGCGAACAACAACAACAAUACGAAUGGAAUCACCACACCUGGAUCACCGCAAUUCGGCUCGUCGGCACGUGCUUCUACGCCGCCAGUCAUUAUCGAAACAUCAGCUGAUAGUGGCGAAGCUGGGGGAUCGUGCGAGAACGAAGAGGCAGAACUCAAUAAUUACCUCUCGACGAUGCGAUCUUCAAAUCGUCAACAACAACUAGGCAAAAACAAUUCAAUAUCAUCAGCUGAUCGCCUCUGGCUCAAUGCGUGCCUUGGCAUUCUUGAGGAAAAUUUUGAUCCUGUUCUGCGUUACGUUGAAUCGGGAAAAGAUAUCUUCCGUACGUUAACAAAUGUUGACGUCCAACAUCUACGCGCGUUACUCCUGCAUCAUCAACAGCCUGGUUCACUUUACAUUGAGCCGGGGCUAUCUUUGAUUUAUCUCUGCGUUAAACUACAGCGAGAAGACAUGCUUGCGCAUUUGCUAACGGCAUUAGACAACACGGGUGCUGUGGUACCGAAGCGGGUCCCAUCAGAAGUCUGCCAGGAGACCGCAGCCGAUAUUAGGAGACAUGUCGCAGCAUCAUUCAAACAGCGCAAGGGCACGGAUUUUGCGUGUUACUUCGUUACGGACAACGUGACGUUCGCAUUGCCCUCUGAAAUCGAGCAUCUGCAUCCCUCCGUCCAAAAAAUCCUAUUCGAUGAGUUACUCGAUCGUGACGUGCAAAAGGAACUCGAAGAGGAAUCGCCGAUCAUCAACUGGAGUAUGGAAUGCACCCAGCGGUUAGGUUCAAGACUUUACGCGUUAUGGAAUCGUUCGGCUGGUGAUUGCCUAUUGGAUUCGGUGCUGCAGGCGACUUGGGGUGUGUUUGAUCGGGACAAUACCUUACGGCGUAUCUUAGCCGAUAGCCUAUGCGAUGCCGCUGCGUCACUUUAUCCUCGGUGGAAAGAGGCCGAGGCAUGGCAGGCCAAUCUAAAUCAUUAUACACUGGCCGAAGCCCAGUGGCAAGAAGACUGGGCGGUUCUUGUUUCCUUGGCAUCGCAACCCGGUGCUGCCCUUGAGCAGCUUCAUAUCUUUACAUUGGCCCAUGUGUUCCGUCGGCCAAUCAUCGUCUACGGGGUGAAAUGUAUCAAAAGCUUUCGCGGUGAAGAUCUCGGACUGGCCCGCUUCGAGGGCAUUUAUUUGCCGUUACUAUGGGAGUGUCCGUCCUUUUGCUGGAAGAGUCCCAUAGCUUUGGGCUAUACCAGGGGUCAUUUCUCGGCGCUGGUGCCUAUCGAGCCGCCGGAUAUGGACGUGAUUGCACGAGGUGGGGCUCAUUCAACGUUACACCGUCAAGACGAUAUCAUCUACUUGCCACUGAUGAGUGCGGACAGAAAACUCCUGCCUAUACAUUUUCUUACGGAAAUAGAGAUGGGCCAGGAAGAAGAACUCAUUCGCGAGUGGCUGGAUUUUCGAGUGACGGAAAGUGGACUCCUGGUGGCGCUGCAGAGAUUGCAACCUCCAAUGCGACGGCCCUCGCUCGUCAUGCAAAUGCUAGAUGAGUGGCUCCAUUUAUAUCGUACCCUCUCGGUCGGGAAAAAUGCAACGAACGCCCGACUCAAUCAACUGCUGAGUAUGGCUGCCGAAAGAAAUGAACGCCACAAUCUGAGUUGUCCAGGGGGACAAGGUGGUCUUGGGGGCGCUACGCAACAGCAGCAGAACCCACAACGGCAGAAGCAAAGAAUUUCUGAAGACGAACAAGUUAGCGAAUCCGAGUAAAUGUGUAGGUCUUAUAUUGACUGCGUACGGUUUUUUCAGGCAAUCAACAAAACGAAUCGGAGUGAACCGUUGUGCAUAGAGAGAUCUUGUUGAACUGCAACUAGUAUGAUGUAAAUGAGAAUAAUAGAGUCGUCUUCUGGGCACGCGAGGCUUUACGUGAGGCCACUUAAAACUCGGCAAAUUUCAAGACAAUACAUCAGUUGGUCUUCUUCUGAUCCCAAUGGCGCCUUCACUAGAUACAAGCAACUGCUUGACCAGCACAAAAUUCAUAUGGCUGAUAACGAUGGAAGCAAAUCAAAUAACUGACAACUUGUCAUCAACUAACGUCUGCUCGUUUCAACCAGGGUGCAUCUGCAAUUCAUAGUCGACACUGCACUGGCGAGCUACCCAAGCAUGCGAACGUGGUGUGAAUGUUCUGCAAGUCAAAACGAUCCUCCAGAACGCCUCAUGUACGCCUUUGCCUAUAAUCAAGCGUAAUCUAUUUCGACCAGUGCUAAACUAGAUCAGGCUAGGAAACAACCUAACUUUAUCAAUAGGCCAAGAUAAUAGUCUCCAAAAUCGCUACUGUUCGGUGAAUCGAAAUCUAUAUGAUUUAUGGCGCAUUUGAUAUGAAACAUCAUUGUAGCCUGUCAUUGGUAGCCUCGCCGAUUUCGAUUCUCCAAUGAUAAAUCGCCGUGUUUGACUUUAAUACCUCAAUGACGUGCCUCCCGAGCCGGGACGAUUUUCGUCUCCAACAAUCAGAUACAAGCGGGUACUCUUAAUAAUUUUGCUCUUUCACUUCAUCGACAUCUAUCGAUAUCGUAAAGCGUGCAUCUAUUUCUGCGUACACGCGCAUUGGAAUCAAAUCAUGAUGGUGUCGCAAUAGCGGACGCAGUCAGAGAACGGGCACGUACGAGUUGUUUUGCUUCCAAUAGAAUAUAUAGUUUCCAGUUAAAUUGACACGCUGUGCCAGUCUAACGGCUCACCAGAAAGAAAGAUCGGUGGAAGACGCCAGAACCGAAGAUUCGAAAAACUGAAGGGGAAGCAGCAGGGAAACGGAUCGUAAUGAUUGAAAACAGCACAGUCAGAGACGCCUCUGUCGCUUGAAUCGACAACAAUUGGAAGAGUACGCUCAGCACCGCCGCAUCUAGAAGUUUCUAGUGGUAAAACAACAGAGUUAAAGGAUCUCUAUAAUGGUAACAAUAUAUACACGGUGACACUGAAUAAAUUCUAGUAAUGAACAGCUGCGAGUGGACGAUAAAAGUUAAGCAUGGCAAUGACACGGUGAAUUUUUUGCGCCAACUCCUAAGCCGGUUUAGAGUAAGCUCUAGCUCAUGUAUUCUAACUAACAAAUUCCAGUAAGGAGUAUCCGCUUUCCCUAUACUUAAACGAUAAUAAUAAUAUAAUGAUAAUACAAUGGUAAUUAUAAUAAUUAUAGAACAUUUUCAGGCGUCACUUGUAUGGACAGUGUAGCAUUAUUUUGUGCGUAAUCGGUACAUAAUAUAAUUAGUAAAUUGGAUGUGUUUCAUUGCUGCUUCAUCGAGUGCAUACAAUAUAUUUGCAUCGCGCCACCAGGGGACCGAAGGCAGGAGGCCACACACGAGCCGUGGUCAUGAGACAGAAAGAAGAACCAGGCCAAUAGUGAACUGGCUCGCGCGCUUCUGAAGGUUUACGUGCAAGCAGUCCACAAAAACAGCGCAGGCAGUAGAUGUGAUAAAUGACGACGGCAACAGAAGUAAUAUUAUAGAGUAAUGUUUAUUAUUAUUACCGCGAUAACUAUUACUACCGCUACGACGUUAUGAGCUACGGAUGUCACAGUGACUGAGCUGUAUGUUGACGUUGAUUUGUAUCGUUCACUACUCAAAGCAAACACUACGAAGACAGACGAUAAUAUUUAGCCGUGCAUACCUAUAUAUACUAUAUUAUACGUAUGUACCCCCAUCGACAAUAUAAUCGUAUAAAGGGAACGAGAAAAGCCAGCGCGAGAAGGCUGUAUUGAAAUGAAAAAAAAUAGUAAAAUGGAAAACAUCGAAUGUCGAUGAAAUUUUCUAGUGUGUAACGCGUUAAAAUGAUUUUGUAUAUAACAUAUAUAUAUAUAUAUAUAUAUAUAUAUAUAUAUAUAUAUAUAUAUAUAUAGAUAGAUAGAUAGAUAGAUAGACUGAAAGAGAACAGAAAGGAAGAGACAAAUCGUUAUCAACGGAGAUGGGGCGCGAGAAUAGUAUACUUAGCAUACACAAAUAUUAUAAUAUAAUUAUGAUAAGAAUGUUGACACAGUAAAAUGUAGUUAUUAAUAUAUUAUCAAAAAAGAUAAUCUGAUUAAAAGAAACCGGUCACAGUGUAGUUAGAGCAUAUUAUGGAACACGUAUUUGCGGGAACAGGAUAUACAGAUGCGACCCAGACGAUAUAGCAUCAUGUCUUACGAAUAAACCUAGAAACAUACAUCAAAAACAAAGGUACCGAUUUGGACUUUUAGAUGACACUGACUUCCGGCUAGAAAAACAGGAGGACAAAUAGAAAUUGUCGAUGCAAUUAAUAUGUUAGCUGCAGACUCACGAGGGGUCAAGAUUAAGCUACGAAACCAGUGCGAAAACCAACUGAGCUGCGAUAGUUAUCUAGCGACAUGCUUUCAAUUUAUUGAGACGAUAGCUAGGGAUGGUAGCUACUACCAUUACUAAUAACAUAUGUUUGUUUGUAAAUUACACACAUUUCGUGAGUUUAUAUGAAACGGUGUACAGGAACCAUACGAAUUCUAAUGACAGUAAGUUCCCAGCUGAACAGGAUCGAAAAGCUUGUGAAUAUGAUCGAUGCCAUGAUCGGCGUGUAUUGUGCAGUCGAACUGGAGCACUGAUGAGGGUACUAAUGAGGCAAUACUGCAAUGGUUUGAAUACUGAUAUAAUAAAUAUUGCGGUUAGUUAUCUAUUUAAUAAACGUAUGGCAGCAGGUCAUGGAAAAAAAGAGUAGUGAAAUCUUGAUACCUCGAGAACAGGCAGCGAGAAUGUCAGCUCAUUUCUAAAUUGCAAACAACAAAAUGCAGAAUAAAAACGGAGAGAUGACAGAAAUACAGAUGUUGCACUUUGAGAUCGUCGUUUGAUGAUGGUUGUUGUUGAGGGUCUCGCAACGUUCGGUGCUCAGCUUUCGUAGUUGGUUCAAAGUGCAAAUGUAGCUUGUGAAAAAAUUAGACACUUAAGAGAACAAAAUAAUCUACAUUAAGCAAACGGCGAACUUCUCUCCUGGUCAGUUGUUUUUCCAAUUGUCUCAAACCAAAAGUAAAGUAAUCUAUAUGAGAACGUU